UCGUAAUACAAGUACGACAGUUUGUAACUGAACAUUUGGCAGUAGAGAUACAAGUACAUGGCCAUGAAUCUGAGCAGCGGACUGAAGAUUUGUAUUGCGACUAUUCUGAUUUUGAUCGUCGGACAAUGCUCUGUUCAAGGAGAAAAAAAAUUGAACAUUGUCAAGGGGACAAAAAAACUCAGUCGAGCACGACUCGCAGGCAUCAAAGAUACAUUCAAGGUGUGUGGGGAUAAGUUCAAGCCUUUCAAAUUCAAAGCCGUGCUCGUCGCUCAUCCUCUUGGGAGUAACAACAUCGGGGUGCGUAUAGAAGUUCAUACAACAAGGAGCUCCUUGGUAAAUGGCGUAGUGAAUACACUCAUGAUUCGCGAUCACAACUUCGUAGCAGCCUACGAGGUUGAAAAGGUCGUCUUUGACGGCGGAGAGAAGAAUUAUAAAGAAACGGCGCGUGAAACAUUAGAAGGAAAUGUUUGCAACUAUUUCGGAGUGGAAGAAAGCAACUUGUACAAUCUACCUUUAUACUACAUCAAGUUCAAGUAUUCAACGGACGAGGAUUGGUGGUGUGACACGUAUUAUGGCUAUGAUCUGAAAUACAUGGAAUUGGACAAGUGUAACGAGUUGAUAAAGGAUUACGACGCGGGAAGUAUAUAUACAGUUGUUACAACUUCGUCAGCGCCCAAUUUGAAAUCAAGUGAAUGUAAUAAAAGAACACUUACGAAAAACAAUGAUAAAUUUAAAAUUGAUGCUCUAUCCUGCCGCCAAUAUGAUACCGAUUCAUAUAAACUAAGGUUGAUUACAUAUCACAAAGGCCUUGAGCUAGGACACUACUACUUGUCUUUCCGCGAAAAGAAGAUGAUAAAUCUUGGUGAUUUGGAAGGGCAAGAAGACAAAGUUCGCAGGCUCAUUAGAAUGAGAGGAGAGGAAAUACAUAAAGGGUCUUACACUAGAAUAAGUGCUCAGUACUUAGAUAAAGGAUAUUGGGCAUGUCAUGCAUUCACCAAACAUAUCAGAAGUAAUUCUUAUAGUCCAGACUCAUAUGAGAAAGUAAUAUUGUUUUUUACGGGCCGCAGGUGCGACAAAUUCCUCAUCUAUCCACGCCCACUUGCCAACCCAGACACUGUCACACCAGGUGAUAUGGAUGAUUACUAAUCAAAGUGAACUGCGAUGGAGAUUGGUAUCCUGCAUGUCUAUUGAAGAUAAUUGUUGAUAAAUAAAAAGUCCAAUU